AUGAGCAGCGUUGAAUAUCAGCACGGCAAUGAAGUGCUUUUCAUAAAGAAGGGAAGUAGUGGCGAGUCAACCAACAACAAUAAUAACGCGAUGACCACAGAAAGUAAUGAUCAUAAGGCACAGGAAUUGGCUCAUCACGGCGAUUCGAAGGAUGAACAUGUUGAUAGUCAACAUCAUCACCCGAAAGGACCGUUUACAUUAACGGCAGAUGAAUUGUCAGAGAUGCAUCAGAAUAAGGAUUUGAAAGGGUUGCAAAAGAUGGGUGGAAUGUCUGGUUUGAUGAGAGAUUUGAAAACUGAUGCAAAGAGGGGGAUUGCCUGGAAGUCGAAUUAUCAAAGUUAUGAUGAGAGGACGAAUCUGUAUGGUCUUAAUGUGUAUCCUGAACCGCCGGCUAAAGGUCUCUUCAAAAUAUUCUUUGAGGCUCUAUCAGACGAAACUCACAUUAUUUUAAUGAUAUUCGCCUUCAUUUCGAUGGUGUUGGGAUUGGCAUUUCCUGAAUCUGAAGAGGAAAGACCAAUUGGUUGGAUUGAUUCGUUUGCAAUUUAUAUAGCUGUAGCUAUUGUUUGUGUGGUUACAACCGCCAACGACUAUUCGAAAGAGAAAAAGUUUAAAAACUUGUCAAGAGAAUCCAAAAAGGUAAUGGUUAAGGUUAUUAGAGAUGGGGAAAAUUUUAGCGUUCUCACUGAUGAUAUCAGAGUUGGAGAUAUUGUUGAAAUUGAACAAGGAGAUGGUAUUCCAGCUGAUGGGCUCUGUAUUGAAUCAAACCAUUUGAAAACAGACGAAUCUGUCAUGACAGGAGAACCAGAUUUGAUUAAGAAGAAUACAACAGAAUUAAUUUUCUUAUUGAGUGGUUGUACAGUUGCUGAAGGUUCUGGAAAGAUGCUUGUUACAGGUGUUGGUGUUGGAAGUGAAUGGGGAAGAACCUUGCAAAGUUUGAAAGAAGCCAAUGAAGAACAAAGAGAAACUCCUCUCGAAGCCAAAUUAGAUAAGCUCGCCAUCAAUAUUGGUAAAGUUGGUACUGCAUUUGCGAUUGGUACUGUUACCAUUUUGAUUUUGGCCUUUUGGAUUAAGAAAUUGAUGUACACUUCAACUUGGGUUGAGGCCUCAUCAACAUUUGAAGAAACUUGGCAAGAAAAGAAUGUAGUUGAUGUGGUCAAGUACUUUAUUAUUGCUUUGACUAUUGUCGUCGUUGCUGUCCCUGAAGGUUUACCACUUGCUGUCACAAUUGCUCUUGCUUACUCUGUUCGUAAAAUGAUGAAAGAUCAGAAUUUAGUUAGACACUUGGCAGCUUGUGAGACUAUGGGUGGUGCUAACAAUAUUUGUUCUGACAAGACUGGUACACUUACUUUGAAUCAGAUGAGAGUUACCCAAGCUUAUUUUGGAGAUCGAUUCUUUGGUGAGCAAUUGAGCUCAAUACUGUUGACAUUGAAAUCACCACUGUUGCAAGUAAUCAUUGAUGGUAUUGUUGCCAAUUCAAAGGCAAACUUGGUCAAGGGUGAUGACAAUAAUAAGAAUAAGGAGUAUGCCACUCAAGGAAGUAAGACUGAAGCUGCUCUUUUACUUUUACUUGUCAAACAUUUGAAUCAGACCAUUGACAGUUACAAAGAUAGAAGAAAUGAAUUGCUAAGUGAAGAAAGAGGCUCUCACCUCCAACUUCCAUUCAAUUCCAACUUGAAGCGUAUGAGUACCAUCGUUACAAACUCUGAGGGAGAAACCAGAUAUCGUCUCUUCACAAAGGGUGCUUCUGAAAUUGUCCUCAAAUUGUGCUCCUAUCACAUGGCUAGUGAUGGUUCAUUGAGAAAGAUGGAUUCUGAAAAGGAAGCUGAAAUGAUGAAAUGUAUUGAAGAUAUGGCUAAUCAAGGUUUGAGAACAAUUUGCUUGGCCUACAGAGAUGUCAAUCCAGAAGUUGAAUUCUCAUCACGAGCUGAUGAAGAAAAUUAUUUAGAAAAUAUUGAUCCAGUUACCUUGGAACAAGAUUUAGUAUGUAUUGGUAUUGUAGGCAUUAAGGAUCCAUUGAGACCUGAAGUACCAGCAGCUAUUGAACAAUGUAAGAAAUCAGGUAUCACUGUCCGUAUGAUUACAGGUGACAAUAUCUUGACAGCCAAGUAUAUUGCCAGAGAGUGUGGUAUCUUGUCGAAGGAUGGUAUUGCUAUUGAAGGCCCAACAUUCAGAAAGAUGACUCCAGAGCAAAUUGAUGAGAUUCUUCCAAAAUUACAAGUUAUGGCUCGUUCCUCACCAACUGACAAGUUUAUUCUUGUAAAGCAUUUGAGAAAGAAGGGUAACGUUGUUGCUGUGACUGGAGAUGGUACCAAUGAUGCUCCAGCUCUUAAAGAAGCCGAUGUUGGAUUGAGUAUGGGUCUUAGUGGAACCCAGGUUGCUAAGGAAGCUUCUGAUAUCAUUAUUUUGGACGAUAACUUCUCAUCCAUUGUUAAGAGUGUGUUGUGGGGUCGUUCCAUUUACGAGAAUAUCAGAAAGUUUUUAGUUUUCCAAUUGACAGUCAACGUGGUUGCUUUGAUUUUAACAAUUGUUUCUGCUGUUUCGUCUGCUUUCCAACAUAAUUCUUCCUAUAGGCCACCUUUGAGUCCUGUACAAAUGUUGUGGAUCAACUUGAUCAUGGACACGUUUGCAGCUCUCGCCCUUGCCACAGAACCUCCAAUUCCAGAACUUUUAGACAGAAAACCUCACGGAAGAAAGGAUUCCCUCAUUACAAUGAGAAUGUGGACCUUCAUUGCUGCUGAAUCAAUCUUCCAGCUCACUGUCAUGUUCACACUCUUCUAUGGAGCAACCUCAUUCAGAGGACUUUCAUUCAGCUUAGCCAGAAAUGAUGCUGAAAUGAGAACCAUCAUUUUUAAUGCUUUCGUAUUUUGUCAAGUUUUCAAUCAAUUCAACGCAAGAAAGAUUAAUUUUGAGUAUGAUAUUUUCAGAGGAGUUUUCAAGAGUUUCUGGUUUAUUGGUAUCACCAUAAUGAUUUUCAUUUUACAAAUUGCCAUCAUUAACUUUGCCUAUUAUGAUCCAAUUCUUAUUGGUUUGGGUAAGAAUGAUGGUUUGACUGCCUCCAAUUUUACCCAGACCAUUCCAUUGAAUUGGUAUCAAUGGGCCAUAACUAUUUCCAUUGGUUUCAUCAGUAUUCCAUAUGGCUUUUUAGUGAGAUUCGUCAGCAGAAUGUUUUUGAAAUUAUUGAGCUUGAAGAAGAAUAACAGACAAAUUACCAGUGAUGGCUACGAGGAAACCUAUUCCAAAGCAAGUGAAUAA